AUGGCUGGGGCUGGCUGCGGCUGGAGAGAUGCCGGGAACACCCAGCCAGUUUCAGAUUUCAGUGGCCUGCUGGAGUCAAAUGUGAUUCAGUCCAGCUCUGAAAGCGAUGAGCCGGAGGAGGCUCCCACCGGUGCGCCGCGGACGGAUUCCCGGAAAGGUGCUGCGGGCGUGGCUGACGAGGUUGAGCCCAAGAAGGCCAACUCCAAAGCGGCUUCCAGGCCCCGAGACCGCGGCCCCGAGUUCUCCUUUAGCGCGUUGGCCAAAAGGAAACAGGAAGAGCGGCUGCAAGCUGAACGCUUGAAGAAAGACGAGGAGCGUGCGAAACGGAAAGAGGAUCUGAAACGGGACGAUGCGCCGCAGAUCACUGAGGAGCAGAAAUUGAAGCUGAACGAACUCAAGAAAAAGCAGGAGGAGGUGAGACGACAAAAGCUUCGGGAGAAGCUUGAGGCAAAGCAGCAGCGAGCCAAGGAGCGCGAGCAGAAACGCGUGCACUUGGAGGAGCAGCAGAGAUCGCAGAAGGAGCGCGAACUGGCUCGAAAGCGUCGUGAAGAAGACUUGUCGGCGCAGCUGGCGCAGGCUCAGAAAGAAGAACUGGAGCUUCAAAAAACCAUGGAGGAGCUCAAACGCAAGGCCGCAGACAUUGCGGCGCGUAUUGCCGAGCUGCAGCGGCAAACAGCCAGUCUUGCCAAAGAGCGUGACAAUGACACUCCGGCCGUUGGAGACCCAUCAACUCACAAGGCGAGGUCCAGCCGUCCGGGGUGCUGGUGGGAAUUUCAAUACGAUGGUCGGAACAUUCGAAUGAUUCGAAUGCGAUAA